AUGGUGCAUAUCAGUGAUGAAGAGUGGAAAAAUAUAAAUUUCUGUAACAAGCAAACGCUUGAACGAAGCACAAAUGAACACACAAAAGCUAAAAAUACGCUACGCACCACACCAAAGAUCACUGAAUUUUCCAAUGACUUUUUAAAUGAUUUUUCUCACUUUGCUAUCGAAAUAAAUUAA